AUGAACUUUGCAGCUACAUUAGGGUCUGUAGCGUGUGUAAUAAAUGAGUAUUAUUCUAUAUAUAGCAUAGUGCCUUAAAUAAAUGAUAGUGAUGGUACAUUUAUAUCUACUGAACUUAGAUGGAGCUUCUCAGCUAUUCUUAUUUUUUUUUUUCCUUUUUGGAAAAGGGAAUCAAGAUUUUGGCGGAUUUUUGUUAUUUGCCCUAAUAAAUUAUUUAUAUUUUCAUUUUUAUUUGAUUGAUGGAAGAGGCAAAACUAAUAAUAAUUAGUUGCUAUGUACCACAAUAAAUAUGGAUAUUCUGUCGUUCAUUUAGAGAAUUAAAAUAAUUUGCCAAAUAUACAAACCAAAGCACCAAAUACUAAAAUAAAAAAUUAGCAAAGGAUCUUCCUGUAAAUUAGGAGGAGGGAGUAGAUCUUCCAGAAAAUUAAGAUGA